AAAUGUUGAUAAUGUAGGUAGCAGUUUCAAAGAAUUGUUCGUGUCUGUGCUAUGAAACAUGGCGGUGUGGAGUAGCAUGUUGAGACCUGCGGGUCUGAUUAUUACAAAGAAUGUUAAACUUAUACCAAAAAACUUCAUUCAAAAUGUUCCACGCAGAGCCAUGUCUGAUCAUGAAAGAACGCUUCCAAUUAUUCCAAGUCGUUGGCAGUGGGACAAGACCAAAGAUUUAUUUCACUUCUAUUUUCUGAUUGGUGCGAUUCCUUUGAGUCUUCUUGUUCUAUAUGUUAAUAUCUUCAUAGGACCAGCUACUCUACAGGAAAUACCAGAAGGAUAUGAACCCAGCUACUAUGAAUAUGAGAGACAUCCGAUUUCGAGAUUCAUAGCACGUUACAUCUAUCCAAAUCCACAAAAGGAAUAUGAGAAGUACAUGCAGUACGUAUAUGUACAAUCAGAGUUGGCAAAGCUACGCAAGCUGUACGCUGAUGUCAAGAAAGCAAUUAACCAGCACGCAGAUCACGAGGGCGUCUAUUAUUACAGUUACCCUGCUAAAUAUCACAGAGCUGCGAGACAUAUGGAGGAUACCAUAGACCCUACUCGCGGAGCAUAAUGUGAUACACUUUCUCUUCGAUAUGAAGUGCACUCUAUCAACAAAUAAUUUCCUAUGCUAGCAGUUCGUAGUGAAUAAUUAACAAAUUGGGUAUGCAGAGUACUAGCCUACCAUAUGAAAAUCUUUUUGAUCACUUUUACUUAGGAGAGCUCUUAAGUGCAAGUAACACUCAUGUUACCCUUAAACAGAAUCAUGUAUAUUAAGUGUAUGUACCCGUUGUUAUUAACAGAAUAAACAGUACUACUGAAA